AUAAAAGGAAGAGAUCGCUGGUUUGGACAGGCUCGAAGCGUCCAUUGCCGCAGGCAGUAACAUGUCUUUGCAAGUCUUGACACUUCGAACCCCAAAUUGCAGCAUGAUGCAUCCAGAGUGAAGUCGAUGAAGAUCUCAACAUGAUGCACAAUCAGAGAGGAUGAGUUCCCAUCAGUCACGGCGGGCGAGACUCGAGGAGAGCAUAUAUUUUCAAAUAUUGGACGGUUAAAGGACGAUCUUGACGGAGAUACUCAGUGUUGAGGGGAUGGGGGUAAUAUUAGAAUGAUUGAAUUGAAGGGGACAGGCUCGACUGGGGCUCAUCUUCUAACGAAAGCGGUUGUUCUUAUAGACGUCAAAGUCGCGGAUGAGGGAUUCUGCGUGUCCCUGUUCUGGGAAUUUGAACGUGUGCUUCGUCAACUGCACUAAAGCAUUGGAGGUAGGUGUGGGUCGAGAGCUUGAAAUUUUACGCGUUUGUGUUUGGCAUUCGUGGUUGGGAGUUGCUUUCGUGGGUGUUGUAGAUGUCGCAGCUUUUAGGAAGUGGGGUUGUGAGAGUGGGUUAACUUUUGACGGAGAUGGUACGCAGUAAGGGAUGCGGUGUGCCUUUUGUAUGCUUUUAGGAGUUCGAAUGAAAGUCAGUCUGAGACGCGAACAACUUGCUUCACUCGGAAGGUCAAGAACUUGGUAGGAAUUGUUCUCUGAAGAAGCAAUAGGAGGGAAUUUCGUGCUGCAGCGAUGGCUGUUUCGGCGUUCAAGUCGACGACUCGUAAGCAAUAUGACAUUCGAGGGGUGGAAAUUGAAGAUCCAAGUGGAGGGCGAUUGGGGAAUCGAAGCCCCUCACGCCGCCGCUCCAUGUCGCGUGCUCCUAGCCCUACCCGUCGCGCGACGUCCCGCCAACCUCCUCCCACGCGCCGCUCAAUGUCCAAAGCGCCCAGCCCUACUCGCAGGCGUUCAAUGUCUAAAGCUCCUAGUCCCACUCGCGGUCGCCGUGGAGUGUCGCGCAAUCCGAGCCCUUCUCGUCGCGCAAUGUCCAAAGCUCCCAGCCCCACACGCCAGUCCACAGCGAGAGCUGCUAGCCCGGUCAGAACUAGGAGACUUUCGCCAUCGCGAAAUCCUAGUCCCACUCGUGGACGCAGAGGAGUAUCGCGAAAUCCAAGUCCCACUCGUGGACGCAGAGGAGUAUCGCGAGGUCCAAGCCCAACUCGAGGUGCUCGUCUAACCCCAGCCUCUCCGGCAAGAAUUCAAACUCGUCCCACUAGCCCUACAAGAGGGCGAGAGGCCUCUGUAGGGCCUCGUCCCCGAGUCUCUUCUCCUCCAAGAGGAAGUACCGCUAGGGCAUUCGGGCAUGUGCACAGAAGAUCUCAAAGUACUGCAGAUGUGGCUCUCGCUCAGUUCCAACCUGAUUCUCCUGUCGCCUCUGAUUCUCCGACGAUUAUCACUACCCGUCAGAGUGGCAUCGGGCUAAGGGCUUCGUCUCGGAUGCUUCCGAGCGACUCUGAGAGCGAGGUUGAGCCACGUUAUGCGCGGAGAUUAGACAGAAGUGGAAGUUUCAGCACCCACCGUGACAGCUCUGAUAAUGAGAGCGUUCAGUCGUCUAGGUCGACGAGCAGAAGGCAUCCGAAUGGAUUGCGAGAGAGGAUCUCGCGGAGAACCUCAAGCACGCAACUGGAGAUGCGUAGGUCAUUGACAAAUCUUGAGAUUUCGGACACAUCUACACCGGUUUACUAUCAGAAGCCUAAAACUGCUGGUGCGGAGGAUCAUCAUCGCAACGUUGGAAAAAUUGAUGUAGACACUCAAGUGGAGGGCAGAGUUGAAGAGAAGACUAUCCAGGAGGUGCACACACAAACCAAAGUGCAUACAUUAUGUUACAAUUGUCUGUAUGAUGUGUCUGCUUCUACGGACGUUCCCGCAGAUGCCACAUCCCCGAUCGGACCUUUAAAGCUGAAAGUGGCCGGAAAUUCGACGGAAGCUCCAGCACCUGGAGACGUAGAUUUCGUGGCCUUGUACAAUGCUAGAUGUGCUGAACUUCGGAGAGCCGUGUCUGAUGCGAGGAAUGAGCUGGGGAAUGUGAAGGAGGAGGAGCUUCGAAAAGUGAUCGAAGCAAAGCUGGAGUUAUCAGAGAGGAAGGUUUCGGAGUUGUGGUCACAGUUCGCAACGGAGGAACAAAGAUGUCUACAUCUGGUGAAGUCUGUGAAGGACAUCAAGGAAGGUUCUGUGGAUCCCGUAGACGUGGAAGCAGACGACAUUGACCUCAAAGUGACAGUCUUGAAGAAGGAGGAUUUAAGGCCUCAGCAGCCUCAUCGGUACUCCAUGGAGGAUAUGGAUGAGUCUGACUUUAUUAGACAAUCGUUAGAUGAGGAGGCAGCGCGGUACUUCGAGGAAUGCGCCAUCAUCGCUAAUUUCGAUGCGAAUGUGGUAGAUGUAGACGACAUAUCAUUGUGCAGUGACGGAGUAAGUGACGGCGAAACGACGGUGUGUGACGACCCAAGACCGUCGUCCAGGAGGCAGAGCUCGGAGAGUCAGGAAAUAGUGUCAGUGAGGAAGGAGAUAAAACCCCUCGAUAACGAGGGAAUUGCGCUGCCAUGGUUGGAUUGGGAGCCGGAAGUUGAUCUUGGAAGGAAGGAACGGAUUGAGAAAGCUGUGUGUGACUUCCGGGAGUGGAAAAGUGCGUGGGCUCGGAAAUCAGUGCAGUGGGGAAAAAGCUCCAACCGGGAGCGAGGGAAAGAUGAAGGUGUCGUUAAUGUUGACGAGUUCUUGUUCGAGAGAACUCGAUUGCAGCCUCGCAUUUCGCAAGGCAGAAUGCUUGUCUGUGGUGGAAAGCGGUGACUUUAGUGAAUGUUGAGCUGAGAAAAAGGAGAAGGGACUGGAUCAUCUAGAGAACUCGUGUGUAUUAUAUUGAUAGCGAAACCUUGUGAUGCCUAUCAGCUAAUGAUCCCUUUGGUUUUGUUUCCCUGUUGGUUUAUAAGGAGUGUGCAACAUCUGUUAGAGAAGCAUCCGUGGCAGCUGCUGUCAAUCGAUUUCACACUUUCGCUAGGUAUACAUUCUCAGGUUUAAGUGUUUUCGGGUCUCUUCCUUUUCUCCCUUAAUGAUUCUUUGUAGCAGUUCUAAGGAGGCCUGUAACUGUGCAGAGGGCGUGACGUUGAAUUAUGUGAGAGAUCCUCUCCCGCUUGAGAGUCUGUUUAGGAAUAUGCAUCACUCGUAUCUAGAGACCAUGACCUGAGAACGGCAGUUCCGUGUCUUCCGUUAUCGAGGUUUAUGACCAGUUUUCCGAGAGCAAUUGAUCAAACUUACGUGGGUUUGUAGCGUUGUCUUGUGAAGGUCGAGUUUUUGAACGUUUCAGGAGAAGUGGGGAUCUGUCCAUGAGUGAAGAUGUCGAGAAAGUUCAGCAUAUACACCACGCUGUGCUUUGAUUACACUGGUGUAUGCGUUUAGACGAUGGGGCUUGAAACCAACUAAGCCUCGUUGGUUUCUUUCAUGCAGUGUCUUGUGGAGAUACAUCCUCAUUACGAGUUCUUGUCAAUUUCAAAGAGAGGAAAUGGUAGAGUGGGAUCAUGAAAGACCGGCUAGAAUUGCUUGAUGGAGCAAGCAGCAGGCAGACUACAUGCAAGUUGUGUUGAUGACCUUGCUCUUUGCCUUACCCUGUAAGAGAUCAACUAUGUAAUUUAUUGUACCACUAGCCAGCUGGCAACUACAUAGCAUUCUGAAUUGGAAGGCUAUUCAUUUGUGCAAGUUGUUUUGAAGCUCGACUUCAUUCCCUCCUUGUCAUGCAAAUAGCCAUAUUUCAUUAAUGGUUGUACAAAAUAUUUUCAUAA